AAGAGACGUAGGAAGAAGAAAGAUAGAAAGGUGAAAAGUGUUUUAGUAAAGAGGGGAACGAGACAAAGUUAGUUUAUCGCGAAAGUGUGUCGGAUCCCCUGAUAUUUUCAAGAAGCAUAAAAUGAUACUACAGGGUACGGAUGAUAAGGUAGCUCGUUGUAGUGAUCACGGGAACUAGACUGCUUAUAUAUAAGCGGCGCACGUUAUUUUUCUAGUUAGAGUUUCGUUCCAGUGCUCUUCCGCUAAAUAUUCUGGAUACCGAGAGACCGAGAAACUGCUCUUGCUUUAAUCGUGUCGUUCAUUCGCUGCUAUAAUUGCACUUCAUUUUUCCGCCAUGGCCAAUGACAAUCUCACCGCUAUUCUUUACGGUAUCAACGAUAUUAGGCUGGAACAAACUCCAGUUGAGGAACCUGAUGAAAAUGAGGUACUCAUACAGAUGGGUUGCGUUGGAAUUUGUGGUUCCGAUGUUCAUUACUGGGUGAAUGGUAGAAUAGGUGACUUUGUGGUGCGGCAACCUAUGAUCAUAGGUCACGAGGCUUCCGGAGUGGUCGUCAAGCUUGGUAAAAAUGUGACAAAUUUGAAGGUUGGCGAUCGAGUGGCUAUCGAACCUGGAGUGUCGUGUCGAUUGUGUAACUAUUGUAAAGAAGGCCGUUAUAAUUUGUGCAAGAAAAUGGUGUUUUGCGCUACUCCUCCGGUACACGGAAAUUUAAGGCGUUUCUAUAAACACGCUGCCGACUUUUGUUUCAAAUUACCAGAGCAUGUGUCGUUGCCUGAAGGAGCGUUAUUGGAGCCGUUAUCAGUCGGUGUACAUGCUUGUAAGCGAGCGAACAUUGGUAUUGGUUCGAAGGUUUUAAUUUUGGGAGCAGGACCGAUCGGCCUGGUAUCGUUGUUGGUAGCGAAAGCAAUGGGAGCCAACAAAAUCGUUAUAACCGAUUUGGAACAAAAUAGAUUGGAUCUGGCGAAGAAACUUGGUGCUAAUGUAACAUUGUUGAUGAAGAAAAAAGAUACGGAAGCGGAGACUGUACAGAGAGUUAUCGAGGCUAUGGGAGAAGAACCUGACAAGACGAUCGAUGCGUGUGGAGCAGAGUCUACGAUUCGCUUAGCGAUUCUCGCGACCAGACCCGGUGGAGUAGCUGUUUUGGUAGGCAUGGGUGCACCGGAGGUGAAAAUCCCGUUAAUUCAUGCACUAGUAAGGGAAGUCGAUAUCAGAGGCGUAUUUCGAUACGCAAACGACUAUGCCGAUGCGCUGGAACUUUUGGCAUCCCGAAAAAUAGACGUGAAACCGUUGAUUACUCAUAAUUAUAAAAUAGAGGAAACCGUUAAAGCUUUCGAGACGUCCAAGUCGGGACAAGGAAACGUGGUGAAAGUUAUGAUACACUGUAAUUAGAAAAGUUUACGACGAACGAAAGGGAAUUAGAUUUGAACGUCGUGACAAGGUCUAGUAAUCGUGAAACGUGUGCGAAUUGAGCAGGCGAUGAUUCGAAAUUUAAUCGUGAGCCAUAUUAUCGUUAUUGUUAACGUUGAACCUAUUGUUUUCACGAAGUUUAAUAAUGCUUUUAUGCGUUUUACACGACACUGUUAUUGAGCGCAUUUGAAUUAUUGACAAAACAUAAAUGAAAUGUAUCUGAACUUCCGAGGCUAAUGGUAAUUAGCUCACGCUAAUUAUGCAUAUUUAGUUACACUGUGUAUAUAUAUACCUGUACUUUUGUUUUUUCUUGUUUUUAAUUAGUGACAUAUAUUGGUUCGUGUUAUGCUAAACGAUAUUGCGUUGUACGCGGCAGGCACGCGUAGGCAUGAACCAUUCCCUUUUUUACAGAUUUAUUUUAACGCUGGAUAAUCAAUGUAUAUAAGUAUGUAGCGUAUGUUACGAAAUAGCUGUCCGCAACGCAGGCUAGGAUAGAAAAUUUUUCUCAUUUUUACGAUUCUGUUAUGUCGAUGUACUCUAAUUGGUGUAGUUGUAACACGAGGAUCCUACGUGCAAAAUCGUUCGUGCGAUCAUCGUCCCGUUGUAAAUCUUAUAAAGGCAAGAUAAAUAAAAAUUCCAGUAGUUAUCGCUUCGAUGCCUUCUCGUGUGAUUUAUC